CAGUGCUGCUGAGUGAGGGAGUGGGUACUGCAAGCCGCGGGGCUGCACACGCGCACACACACACACACGCACGCACACCGAUGCACACGGACCUCGACACCGACAUGGACACGGACACAGAAACCACAGCACUCUGCCCCUCCGGCAGCCACCGGGCCUCCCCCCCAGGGACGCCCACACCAGAAACAGAUGCCUCACUGCUGAAGCAGCCAGAGAAGCUGUUGGCAGGGUUGGACCGGGGUGGGCCACCCCCUGCCCCAGGGGCCCCCAGACGAAGAGGCAGUAUGCCUGUCCCCUACAAGCACCAGCUGCGGCGCGCCCAGGCCAUAGAUGAACUUGACUGGCCACCUCAAGCCUCAUCCUCUGGUUCCUCGGACUCCUUGGGCUCAGGGGAGGCAGGCCCCACCCAAAAGGAUGGCAUCUUCAAAGUCAUGCUGGUAGGGGAGAGCGGCGUGGGCAAGAGCACCCUAGCAGGCACUUUCGGUGGUCUCCAGGGAGACAGUGCUCAUGAGCCGGAGAACCCAGAGGACACCUAUGAAAGACGCAUCAUGGUGGAUAAGGAGGAAGUGACUCUAGUUGUUUAUGACAUCUGGGAACAGGGGGACGCAGGGGGGUGGCUGCGGGACCACUGCCUUCAGAUCGGGGAUGCCUUUCUCAUCGUCUUCUCAGUCACCGACCGACGAAGCUUCUCCAAAGUUCCAGAGACCCUACUUAGGCUGCGGGCUGGGAGGCCCCACCACGACCUCCCUGUCAUCCUCGUUGGAAACAAGAGCGACCUGGCCCGCUCCCGGGAGGUCUCACUGGAGGAGGGCCGCCACCUGGCAGGGACCCUGAGCUGCAAGCACAUCGAGACGUCGGCCGCGCUGCACCACAACACGCAGGAGCUCUUCGAGGGCGCGGUGCGCCAGAUCCGGCUGCGGCAGGGCCGGAGCCGCGCCGGGGGCCCGCGGCCCGAGUGGGGCUGCCCCGACGGCCCCCCGCCGCCCGCGCGCCGCGAGAGCCUCACCAAGAAGGCCAAGCGCUUCCUGGCCAACCUGGUGCCGCGCAACGCCAAGUUCUUCAAGCAGCGCUCCAGGUCGUGUCACGACCUCUCCGUGCUCUGA